GCCGCAAUGAACAGCUGAUCCUCUUCGCACUGGAUAAAACCAAUCACUAUGGUCACCGCCAAGUCAUAAUUUCUCAUCCCACGCAUGGCACUAAAAGUCUCUGGAGAAGCAGACAAAGGAAAAAUCACUAAGAGGAAAAAAAAAAGUGUGGAGACAGUGAAGGAGUGUUUUUAUUUGAAUCUUUUCAUCGUGUGGACCUGUUGAUCAUCAGUCUGACCGACAAGCCUACCUGCCUCCUGCGCAAUUAUGUUAUUGCCAGCUUUCCUGCUUUUCACCUUGUCGCACUUUUUGGCGCCGCUGUUCCUCUGUUACCUGCCUCAAGUCUCCGCACAGAAACCUGGUUCACGGUGGCUGAUUGGAGACAGGGACAGUCACUGUGGGGUCAUCUGCCCUCGGACGCAAGGAAAGCCAGUGUGUGGCUCGGACGGGCGGAGCUAUGAGACCGGCUGUGAACUGCAGAGGGCGCGCUGCAAAGAUAAGACACUGACACUGGCACACCGCGGCCGGUGUCGAGGUAAAAACUGGGUGAGAAUCGAUCAGUCGCCGGUGGCUCCGGCACCAACUUCCCUGACUGAGGGGAGAGACUUGGAGCUAAAAGAUGCAGGUCAGUCCAAGUGUCGCGUUGAGAGGAACCAGGCUUUGGAACAAGCCAGGAGACCUCAGGAGUCCAUGUUUAUCCCAGAAUGCAAUGAGGAUGGGACAUUUGCGCAGGUGCAGUGCCAUACUCUGACAGGUUACUGCUGGUGUGUCACCAGUGACGGCAAGCCAGUGAGUGGCUCCUCCGUGCACAACAGGACCCCGGUGUGUUCAGGAAACUUCCGUGAAUUUAUGGGAACUCAUGCUGGGACAAGUGGAUUGUCAGGGUCAGUAACUGAUAAACCACCUGGGCCACCGAACUCUGGUAGAAAAGUCUCUUUCCGUUUCUUUCUCACCCUCAACCCAGACGAUGGCUCCAAGCCCACACCCACCAUGGAGACUCAUGUCCCGCCAGAGGGUGAUGAAAUAACUGCUCCAACACUGUGGAUCAAACAGCUGGUUUAUAAGGAGAAUAAGCAGAACAGCUCCACUUCCAGGAAACAAGAGAAAGUUCCCUCUUGUGACCAGGAGAGACAGAGUGCCCUGGACGAGGCUCGGCUGAAUCCUCGCGAGGCAAUUUUCAUCCCUGACUGUGGGCCUGGAGGGCUUUACAAACCUGUCCAGUGCCACCAGUCCACAGGUUACUGCUGGUGUGUUCUGGUGGACACGGGACGGCCCAUUCCUGGAACCUCCACCAGGUACCAGGCGCCAGAGUGCGACGGUGCUGCACGUUCUCGCAUUUCGGACACAGAAGAUCCCUUCCAAGGCAGAGACCUGACAGGUUGCCCAGAGGGGAAAAAAGUGGAAUUCAUUACAAGCUUGUUAGAUGCCCUCACCACAGACAUGGUCCAAGCCAUAAAUUCACCAGCCCCCUCUGGUGGUGGGAGGUUUGUUGAGCCUGACCCCAGUCACACUUUAGAGGAGAGGGUGGUGCACUGGUACUUUGCCCAGUUGGAUAACAAUGGCAGCCAUGACAUCAACAAGAAGGAACUCAAGCCUUUUAAGAGGUACCUGAAGAAGAAAGCCAAACCCAAGAAAUGCGCCCGCAAGUUCACCGACUACUGUGACCUGAAUAAGGACAGGGCCAUUUCCCUGCAGGAGCUGAAAGGCUGCCUGGGCGUCAGCAAGGAGGGUAGCUCAACGACAAGCAGCAACCAAGGGACAAGGCAAGGGACAAAUUUGUUCAUAGGUCGUCUGGUUUGAGAAGAGAAGGUUCCCGAAGCUGAGACGAGAGCAGAGGGCACAGAGGGAAGGCAUCUGUACGCUUGCUGACAGGAAAGAGAAAGAUGGAGCAGAAAAAUUAAGAAGUUCCUGAGCUGUUUAAAAAAUGAACAGAAAAACGAGAAAAGAAAACGAAGCGGCGCCAAAAUAUUUGCACUUUCUCCUCCCUAUGUUUGACAUUUUAUCUGUUUGUAUGUUUUUUUUUUCUUGAAGUGAAAAAGUCUAGGUAAGAAUGAGAAUAUAUUUGUAAAGAGAUGACAGGCUCACCACUGGAAGAGCAAGUAUGUGUAUGUUACCACAUUUCCCUUUGUGUUCAGUCUGCUGUUGCGAUUUGUUCUGUCCUCAGAUAACAAGAAGAGGUACUGGAACACAAUUUGUGACUGUUAACUAAAAUAUUUCCCCUGUCGCAUAUAGCAGCAUACAGGCCAGUGGCAACCUGCUAAAGAGAAACUUCCAGCGAGUCACAUUCAGCCCGACUGUGGCCCGAUACACUCAUAUUCCUAAAGGAAGAGCUACGGCAAUGUAGACCAAUUCAAACAAAUGUGCAAUGCCGUAUAUGAACAUGCAAUAUUAAGUGAACAGCAUGUAUUAGAUUUAAACUGUGACUACGGAGUCUAAUUCAUCAGCACAGAAUUAGCUGUAUGAAUCCCCCUUGCACUGUACAGAACCUGCUAGAAACAUUAACAUUUCGGCUCAAGAAUCAGAUGUUUGUGAACAAAGUCCAAGAUGUGUUACGUCUGGUUUUUGUUUAGCACAUACCAGUGUUGGGGAAAGUUAGCUUGAAGUAAGUAGUUACUUUACUUGCUUACCACAUAGUUCCCUGAG